UUUAUGUCUUUAUCUUCUAUGAGAUUUAAAAUUUCAAGGCAAGAACACCUCUUUACCCCCUUGGCAUCUGGAAGCAAAACAAUUCGCUCGAGAUGGCAUUUCCUGCCAACAGAGUCAGGCAUGCUCAAGGAGAUCACAAUGUUGCAGGAGAGAAGGAUCAUGAUGCACUUUUAUCUCCAGAAUUUUUUUAUUCACAUUCUCUCCUUUGGGCUUGCAGCAGGAUACACACACACGAGCAAAAUCAUUUUAUUCAUAAUACGAUACAGAAUAUAAAUAAUGAAUGUAGAGAAAAAGCUUUUGGUGAUUACAGUUAUCAGGUAAUACCUUCUGUGAUCAGCAUGGGCUCUGCAGACUGUAAGGACCAAAGAAAUUGA